CAUCGCAACAACAUCAGCUGGACUAGCACGAAAAAAUGGAAUAAGAUAUAGCUAUAGUCAUGUUUGAACUAGCAACAAAUCCGAAAUGUAUUGACUAGCUUGACAGCCAGCUAAAGUUAGCUAAAAGCUAUAUUGAGUAAAUUCAAUUUGACGAAGCAUUACUAAAAUGUCUGAGAAGAAAAAAGGAAAGGUCACAGAAAGCGAAGAGGAAGGGAAUUUGCAAGUAUCCUUCAUUUUCCCAAAUGGUGACAGAUAUGAAGGAGAGUGCUGCAGGUCCACAGAGGGAGUCGUGAGGAGGAGUGGUAUGGGCAAACACACCUCAGCCAGUGGUGUCACCUACACUGGAGAGUGGCAUGAUGACAAGAUGAAUGGCAGAGGGACUCUGGAGCAUCCCUCUGGGGCCCUGUAUGAAGGGGACUUCAAAGACAACAUGUAUCACGGCACAGGGACAUACAGCUUCUCUGACGGGACCAAAUACUGCGGCAGCUUCAGCAAGAACAGGUUGGAGGGUGACGGGGAGUUCACCGACUCUCAGGGACUUGUUUGGAUUGGAGGCUUCCACAACAAGGCAGCUCCUGGUUUGAAACUUAAACUCAACAUGUAACCCAUGACAUAAUAUGUUGGUCCUUCCCCCUCCAACCCCAAGCUAGCCUGGAGUGCUUGGGUCUUGAUAUGGGUGCUGGGGGUGGUUUGUAUGGUGGGAGGUAGCAUGGCGCAUGUACUGCAUCACCCAUCCAGCGUAUCAGAUCGGUGGAGAAUAUUCCCAUACGCUUAUUAGGGUAGUACAGCACUCUACAAACACACAAAGAAUCAGAACAUAGGUUCACAGGAAGGCCUUGAUUUGUGGGAAUAGUAUGCUCUUCAUUGAAACACACAUCCUUUUGUUGAGCAUCUGAACUAGCUUUUCAUCCCCGGUGGACCUGUGCUGCAGCCUUCCAAGCACAAGGCCAGAACUUGUGACACUGGUAAUAAGGCUAUGCUACAUAAGGAGAGGCAACACACACAACUUCCUGUUUUCUUGGAAGACCGCAAGCUGUGGAAGGAGUGAUCAGAGUUCUGAGAUUUGAGAAACUGCCCGCUGGCAUCAAAAGGCACGUAGUCCUCUCAUGCAGUCAAUGACCAAAAGUGGCGUUAUUAAUAUUU